AUGGCUCCUACUCGUGAAUGGACUGCCCAAGAGGUGCGGGAUACCUUUCUCAAGUUCUUUGAGGAAAGAGGACAUACUUUUGUCAAAUCAUCCCCGGUCGUUCCCCUCUCAGAUCCUACGCUUCUCUUCACAAAUGCUGGUAUGAACCAGUUCAAGCCAAUCUUCCUCGGAACCGUCGAUCCAACCAGCAAAGAAGGCCAGUACAAGCGUGCCGUCAACUCUCAAAAAUGUAUACGUGCCGGCGGUAAACAUAAUGAUCUCGAUGAUGUCGGGAAAGACAGUUACCACCAUACCUUUUUUGAAAUGAUGGGCAACUGGUCUUUUGGUGACUACUUCAAGAAAGAGGCCAUUUCUUGGUCUUGGGAACUCUUGACAGAAGUCUAUGGUCUCGAGCCAGACAGAUUGUAUGUCACCUACUUCGAAGGCAGUGAAGCGGGUGGCCUAGAGCCUGAUCUAGAAGCUAAGGAGCUAUGGAAGAGUGUCGGUGUCAAAGAAGAUCAUAUCCUUCCGGGAAACAUGAAAGACAAUUUCUGGGAGAUGGGGGAUCAGGGCCCCUGUGGCCCUUGUUCAGAAGUCCACUACGACCGCCUUGGAGGACGAAAUGCCGCUCAUCUAGUCAAUCAGGACGAUCCUAACGUACUUGAGAUCUGGAACAACGUUUUCAUCCAAUACAAUCGUGAACCAGACAAGAGUCUGCGGCCCCUACCAAACAAGCAUGUCGACACCGGUCUGGGUUUUGAACGACUGGUCAGUGUUCUGCAGGACAAGCUCUCCAACUACGAUACCGAUGUUUUCACUCCUUUGUUCGAUCGGAUCCAGGAGAUAACAGGAGCCAGACCCUAUUCAGGGCACUUUGGUGAAGACGAUACGGAUGGCAUCGACACCGCCUACAGAGUCAUCGCCGAUCACGUCAGAACACUGACCUUCGCCAUCAGCGAUGGAGGUAUCCCAAACAAUGAGGGUAGAGGCUAUGUUGUCCGAAGAGUUCUGCGGCGCGGUGCUCGGUAUGCUAGGAAAUACUUUAACGUGGAGAUUGGUGACUUCUUCUCCAAGAUAGUACCUACCCUGGUCCAGCAAAUGGGCGGCAUGUUCAAAGAGAUUGUUGCUAAAGAGGAUGAGGUCAAAGAAAUCUUGAAUGAGGAAGAAUUGUCUUUUGCCAAAACGCUAGAUCGUGGUGAGAAACAAUUCGAGGUAUACGCCCAAAAGAGCCAAGGACAGGGAGCGAAGGGUCUACAUGGUGCCGACGUCUGGCGCUUAUAUGACACCUUUGGCUUUCCAGUUGAUCUGACUCGGCUGAUGGCUGAGGAGCGGAACCUAUCCAUCGAUGACAAUGAGUUCGAGGCUGCAAGAUUGCAGGCCAAAGAAGCCAGCAAAGGUGAGAAGAAAGCAGCCAGUGGCCUCCUGAAAUUUGAUGUUCACGAUUUGGGUGAACUCGACAUAAUGCCAGGCGUCACAAAAACCGAUGACUCGUUCAAGUAUGGCCGAGAAAACAUCACCGCCAAAAUCCAAGCUGUCUACCAUGCGAAGAAAUUUCAUUCCUCUACAGAAAACAUCCCCGAAGGCGACCAAAUUGGUCUCCUUCUGGAUCGAACGUGCUUUUAUGCAGAACAAGGCGGUCAAGAAAACGAUACUGGCCGGAUAGUGAUCGAUGGUCAGGCGGAACUUGAUGUUCAGAAUGUCCAACUCUAUGCUGGAUAUGUUCUCCACACUGGUUACAUGAAGUAUGGAGCCUUUUCGGUUGCAGAUGAGGUCAUUACUGAAUAUGAUGAGCUGAGGAGGUGGCCUAUUCGGAACAAUCAUACCGGAACUCAUAUCCUCAACUUCGCCUUGAGAGAAGUACUAGGUGAUGGUAUAGAUCAAAGAGGUUCCCUAGUUGCUCAGGAGAAGUUGAGAUUCGACUUCAGUCACAAGGCCGGUGUUUCAGGUGCCGAUCUGGAAAAGAUAGAGCAUAUUUCAACCGAGUACAUCCGUCAAAAUUGUGCUGUCUAUGCAAAAGACGUGCCUCUCUCAACUGCCCUGGAAAUCGCUGGGGUGCGUGCGGUCUUCGGUGAGACAUAUCCUGACCCAGUCCGAGUGGUUUCGGUGGGUGUGGAAGUUGAUGACAUUCUGAAAAAUGUCAAGGAUGGCAGUUGGAACAAAGUCAGUAUCGAGUUUUGCGGUGGUACACACGUCAAAAGCACAGGUGACAUCAAAGAUCUUAUCAUUAUUGAAGAAAGUGGCAUUGCCAAAGGCAUUCGUCGAAUCCUUGCUGUGACUGGUGAGGAUGCACAUGAAGCCCAGCGUGUCGCUGAUGAGUUCGCCGAAAGACUAGACAAAUUGGAGAAAUUACCUUUUGGUUCAAGCAAGGAACAAGAGGCGAAAACAUCCCAAGUCGAGCUCAACGGUCUAUCCAUAUCCGCAGUAAAGAAGAGUCAAUUCCGGGAUCGUCUCACCAAGAUCAAUAAAGAACUACUCGAUCAACAGAAGAAGGCACAGAAAGAGGAACUCAAAAAGGCUACUGAUGCUGUAACUCAAUAUUUUGAGAAGAACCCGACUGCACAAGCUGCUGUGCUGCGGCUACCAAUUGGAGGCAGUGCGAAGAUCAUACCUGAUGUCGUGAAACAUGUGCAGACCAAGUUGAAGGACAAGAGUGUCUACGUGCUUGUCGCGGAUGAGAAGGACGCUGAUGGCAAAGUCUAUCACGGUUGCUUCGUGAGUCAGGAUGCUACGAACGCCGGUGUCUCCUCUUCCGAUUGGUCUUCUGAAGUCUCCAAACUGGUAGGUGGAAAAGCUGGCGGCAAAGCUCCCGUAGCGGUGGGCACGGGCACGGAUGCAUCCAAGGUCGACGAGGCACUCAAAGCCGCCACAGAUUACUUGGAGAAAUUCAAGCUUUGA